AUGACUGGAAGCGAGACUUUGAGCAGCGAUUCGAUUUUGUCAUUCAAGAAGGAAAACUACGAAACAGCCGAUUCCGUCAACCUUCUGAAUCAAUCGCUUCCACAUAUUACCGCACCACCAGGGUUGUCUGACCUGGAAAAGUCGUUCGCCCGAGAUUUCCAGCCGUUCGUACAACAAGAUCAGAUGCUAAAGACGUUGGUAUCGCAGGCAGCUCGUAACGCACUCGCCAGUCAAGACCCCUGCACGAUUCCAGACGAUCUUCGUGAGGAGCUGAUGAGGCAAAAGAGAAAAGACGACGCAUUCAAAACGGCGCUCUGCGACUCGUACAAACGUAAUCAAACCUGCUCGUACGGUGAUCAAUGUAGAUUCGCGCAUGGAGUACACGAGCUUCGCCUUCCACAACACCCACGCGGAAGAAAUCAUCCAAAGUACAAGACAGUCCUCUGCGACAAGUUCUCGACAACAGGAAACUGCAAGUACGGAACCAGAUGUCAGUUCAUUCAUAAGCUGGUUAAUCCAACGUUAUUGGCUCAAGCAAGCGGAAUGCUCAACAACACCUCAACACUAGCUUCUGCAACUUUCAAUCAGUCAUUGUUCAUGCCACCGGUGUCUUCUGAUCUCAGCAUGGAUCUUAAUCAAAGUCUACCGAUCCGUCAAUCAGACCUUGCCCGUGCAUUCGCUCGUGCCAAUCAAGUUGAUUCCGUGGAUGACAGUGUUACUCGGAUGGCGCGGAUCUUCGGCAAUCAGUUCCACCGAAAUCUUGGUUAUUCGGGUCUACGAAAUUAG